UUUCAGUGUUUCACCUGGUGAUUUCAAUGUUAUAUUUGAUUUUUUCAGAACCAACAGUGUUUGUUCUUCAACCAACCAAUGUUCAGUUCACUAGAGUGCUGUUACAGUUAAUGUUGCUAUUGCAUUAUUGUAGUUACCAGAGCAACUUGAUGAUUUCAGUGUUACACCUGAUGAUUUCAGUGUUACCCCUGAUGAUUUCAGUGUUACACCUGAUGAUUUUAAUGUUCCAUCUGAUGAUUUCAAUGUUACACCUGAUGUUAUCAGUGUUACACCUGAUGAUUUCAGUGUUACAUCUGAUGGUUUCAGUGUUACACCUGAUGGUUUCAGUGUUACACCUGAUGAUUUUAAUGUUCCAUCUGAUGAUUUCAAUGUUACAUCUUGUGUUUUCAGUGUUACACCUGAUGAUUUCAGUGUUACAUCUGAUGGUUUCAGUGUUACCCCUGAUGAUUUCAGUGUUACACCUGAUUAUUUUAAUGUUCCAUCUGAUGAUUUCAAUGUUACACCUGAUGUUAUCAGUGUUACACCUGAUGAUUUCAGUGUUACAUCUGAUGGUUUCAGUGUUACACCUGAUGAUUUUAAUGUUCCAUCUGAUGAUUUCAAUGUUACAUCUUGUGUUUUCAGUGUUACACCUGAUGAUUUCAGUGUUACACCUGAUGCUUUCGGUGUAACUCCUGAUGAUUUCAGUGUUACACCUGAUGGUUU